AUGGACAACUCAAGAAUGUACGGCCAGCGCAAGGGGAUUCAAAUGAGCAAUAUCCUUGGUGACCCCUUCGCUUUGGCUACCCUCUCUAUCAGCACGCUCGCCUGGUUCAUUACUUUUGUCUCCUGUAUUAUUGGACGGAUACAACAAAACAACGAUGACGAUCUUGCCAAAAACGACCCAUUCCCGACAUUCGUUUGGUGGAGUUGCAUUUACUGCCUGUGCCUGAUUGUUGGCGUCUUUAUUGUCAUCGGAAGCGACGCAGUUCAUACCUACCAUGUCGCUGUAACUGGCUAUCUCGCUGCAGGAAUCGUCCUGGUCUCCUCGAGUAUUAACCAGCUUCUUUACUCUAACAGCGGCGCACGUGAGGCUGCUUCAGCUGGUUUUAUCCUACUAGCUAUGGUUGUCGUUAUUUGGACAUUCUACUUCGGCUCUAAUCCGUCUUCAACUCCUCGGGCUUUCCUUGACUCGUUCGCUCUCGCCAAAGAAUCCACUACAAUCCACCGAUCAACGAUGAACGCUUACGGUGGUCGCCCCGAGACGUCCAACUCUGUUCAACCUCCUCAAAUGUACACCUCUGCUCAACUCAACGGUUUCGAGAACCCCUCCCCCAUCGGCGGUAUGUCACAGGGCGGAGCACGUGGCUCUGCAGUUCCUCAAAGCUUUACCAAUUCCAUGCAACAACAACUUCCACCGCAACCUAAGAACACUGGAUCCAACGACGCUGAGGUCGUACCCCCCACCGAGUACCCUUACCGAGCAAAGGCCAUCUACAGCUACGAGGCUAACCCCGAUGAUGCCAACGAAAUUUCUUUCUCGAAACAUGAGAUACUCGAGGUGUCAGACGUUAGCGGCAGAUGGUGGCAAGCACGCAAGGAGAGCGGCGAGACGGGUAUUGCACCCAGCAACUACCUCAUCCUGUUAUGA